CACAGCGACACAGUGCAGGUGUGCGCGCUACUCAGCUAGCUGUGCUGUCCAUCAUUACCCGCAUUGGUAAAAACAGUACAAGAUGCUGCUCUGUGGUGUGGUAACGCACUAGACUAUUACACACAUCGUUUCCACCCGUAUUCAGUCAGGCUUUGCGCCGAGAAGGAAAACCGAAACAACCGUGGAGCGGUUACGCUAAAGAGCACUAGCUAAAGAAAGCUAACACUAGCAAACAGCCACACCAAGAUGGACGGGGCUGCUGCCGCGGCGAUCACAGAGGACGGAGCUGAAAACGAACCACUCAGUGGACACGGAACAUCGGAAAACAGCGUCGGUCCAUCGGCUGAGGACACACCAAGCGACAGGGUUGGGGUUUUCUGCUGUCAGGAUUGUGGAGAAGCCUUCAGAGAGGAGGCAGCCUACUUGGAGCAUCGCCAUCAUCACCUACAAGAAAGCGUGUAUUUGGAUGGCUUACAUGAUGCGGAAAAGAACAGUGAAACAGCAAAUUUUUGUACUUUAUGCUCACUCUCAUUUGUUGAACUGAGUGAAUUCCACUUGCACAUGGAAAAGAACCACGGUCAAAACUCCCAAAAGGAAUCUGGCAGUCGGGUGAAUUCUGGUAUAACAAAGCAGCACACGUACGAAUGUCUAGACUGUGGGAAAUGUUACGGUGUGAUCGGGCACUUUCUCAACCAUCAGCGCUCACACAGACAAGCCUCCAAAUCAGUUUUUCAUGACCUCGAACAUUUGAAAAAGAAGUCAUUUCAGUGUGAGUCCUGUGGGCGGAAUUAUUCUCGCGCUUCAGCUCUCGACGCACACCGUCGCUGUCAUGAGGAAAAGCUAGUCAAGUCGCGAAACAGGAGUUCAGGAGAUUCGUUUCACAUGGAGGAGUCAGUAGUUGAAGCCAAGCCCCAUGAAAAUCAGGCAGAUGAUACCCCUGAAAAACUUUUUAAGUGUUCAUGUGGUAAAGCCUUCUCCGCACCGAUGCGCCUGAAAACACAUCAGCGAUUUAGCCGCAACAGUCAGUGCUCUCCAGAAGAAAUGAAAGAAAAACCAAAGAAAAACUGCAGCGAGUUUUACUGCAGUGAGUGUAAGAAGGCUUUUAAUGGCCAUAUUGCCCUCUUCAAUCAUCAGCGAUGGCACGCUAAUCACUCAGAUGAGUCUGCGAAAAGGUUCCCAUGUGAGGAAUGUGGAAAAGUAUUUAUGACACUAACGUUCUACUACAGGCACCAGCGCACGGCACACAGUGACGAGACCCCAGCAAAGUCCUUUCUCCAUCAGGUGUGUCAGCUUCAGAAGAAGGCAUUUGAAUGUAAGGACUGUGGGCUUAAGUUUUCCAGGGCUUCAGCACUUCACUCCCAUCAGCUUCAUCACACAGAUGUUUUCAGGGAAACAGAGAAGGAGGCCCAGAUGUGCACCUCUCUGCUACCUCAACAAAAAAGUUUGGAAAAUGAAGGAAAAGAGACUGAGCACUUGGAGGAGAAAGUGGAAUCAGAGAGAGUGCUCUCUAUGAGUAUAGCUGAAGAAGUCUCACAAAUGAAUGAGACUGAUGAAGACAUGCAGAGUUAUGAACCUGGGGACUUUAAUGUUCAGGUGAUCAGUGCAAGUGAAUCUGAGGACGAGAACGUCCAAGACCUGAAUCCUGAUCUGGAGCUACUGUGUGAGUCAGAUCAAGAAGUAAGAGAUGACGGUGACGCGGACGUUUCCCCGAGUAGCCUCGUUUCCAAACCAGAGAUGGACUUGAAAAUCGUACAGAUUGACUUUGAGCAGGCCGACGAGGAGUGUGCACUGAUAGCGAGGGAAGCCGAGAAUAAAACCACAGGGGAAAGAUUUGAUUGCCCAGAGUGUUACCGAUGGUUUUCUAGUGCUUCAUCACUGCGUGUUCACAGAAUGUGGCAUGGCGUUCAUAAGAGAAGACAACAGACUCAAGGUCAGUCAGUGGCAGUUUACACAUGUGACACAUGCAGCCACGAAGCCAGUAGCUAUGCAGCACACUGCAGUCAUAUGCAAAAACACAAGGCUCAAAACACAAGCAACAAUGCAUUGUACCAGGCAGAGGAAUUAGAGAAGAAAAACCUGUCUUGCAGUGAGUGUGGUAAAUGCUUCUCACGUUUGUCUGCUUUAGUCUCUCAUCAGUUACAUCAUCCCAAAAGAAAACAAUUCCAGUGCCCAGAUUGCAUGAUGUCUUAUUUGCAUGCAGCUAACUUGUUUAACCAUAUGAAAAACUGCUCCGCUCAAAAGAAAGAGAAUAUUUCAGUUGCCAAGAAAGAAUACAAUCCAAAGAAAACCCUUCUAGGCCCAAAGAUUUAUCAUUGUGAACAGUGUGGGAAGGGUUUUUGGUCUUUAGGAGCUUUCUCCCACCACAAGCAGAAUCAGACAGAGUGUGUGGAUUUGAGGCUAAGAAAAGGCGUCGCAGGAUCUUUGCACUCUGUUAACGGACACCCACGCUCCAGUGUUAAGGUUGCAUGUCCGGUGUGUGGUAGAAAGUUUCGUCACAAGGGCAUCAUGGCACUGCACAUGCGAAAACAUGAAAAUGGAAAUCAUAAAUGUGAACUCUGCAACAGGUCGUUCCGUCUUUUUUCCAGCCUCCUCCGACACCAGGUUGUACAUAAUGACCAGUUACUCCCACCACCCGUUAAGUCUUUUCAGCAUCAGGUGGAGCAGUUGAAAAAAAACACAUACAGCUGCCCUGACUGCGGGAAGUUGUUUUCACGUGCCAAAGCGCUUCAGUUUCACAUGAAAAGCCACGGGUACGAGACUGGGCACUCGCCUUCAUCACCCACAUCUACUGUCACGCUGGAAGAUCGUCAGUGCCCAACGUGCCUUGCACAUUUCAGCAACAAGGCCUCAUUGCGGGCUCAUCAAAAACUUUGCAUUAAAAGAGAGAGUCAAGCAACUGAUUCUAAGACAGAACCCACAGAAAAUAAUGAUACUCUAAAACUGUGCAAGGACAGUGUGGAUGUCAGUACACAGGUAAGCUCUGAGCACUUAACACUUAAUGCUGAAGUAAAACAUGAAAUGGACAUUGGGGAGCUAAAGACGGAAGAUCAGACCGGCACAACAGAUUUGAAAUACAAAUGCAAAAACUGCGACAGAAGCUUUUCAGUGGUUGGAGCUUUGAAUUUUCAUAAAAGAAUUCACGCUGAGCGCCACAGAUCUGUAGGAAAAAACAAACUGGCCAUUUCAGUAAUGCGCAAGAAACCUGAGCAGGAAGAGACAAGUAAAGGGCUGUUUCACUGCUCCGAGUGUGGGAGGCGAUUCAUGUCCAACUCAGCCCUGGGCUCGCACAAACGAUGGCACAAAGAAAAGAGAUUUUCACGUUCCUCGCUAAAAGAUGAUGAUUUGAAAUCUGUGAGCCACAAGACAGAGGACGGGCCUUUUCAAUGCAACACAUGUGGCAAACAGUUUUUCAACCACUGUGUUCUCCAGCGCCACCAAAUGUUUAAUCCUCAGUGUCAAAACAAAUCACAGGAGCAGGAGCCCGAUUCAGGCAAAAGUGCAGAGAGCAACAACAGACUGGAAAACUCAGUGUUUUCAUGUCCUGAAUGUAACAAGACAUUUGUUCAAGGCUCGCUUCUAGAUGCCCACUAUGCAGAUCAUCAUGGAGACGGGCUUGCCUCAGUAGACCAGAUCCCUGAAAACGGGCUCGUCUCAGUGGACCAGGUUCCAGAGCAGGCUGACGUCAGUCUCAGUGGGAGCGAGUCUAGGUCAUUGAAACUGAAGCCAAAAGCUCACCAGUGUCCCCUCUGCUCCAUGACCUUUGCCAAAGCAAGAGGUCUGCGUGCCCACACGUGGCAGGCCCACUCGAAGAGCACAAAAGGUAAAAAUAAGGUUCCUUUCAAUACAAAAAGGGAGUCCGUUGCCACGAGCAGUGAAAUCAGAAAUACGGAAGAUUCGUCAGCUGCAGACAACACUACAGUGAUGAGCAGUUACCUUGUUGCUAAGAAAAAUAGUCUUGUUGACAAAGGAAGGCAAAAAAUCAGUGUAACCCCUCCACCUGUGAAGUCUGUCUCAUGCCUCGACUGUGGGAAACAGUGCAGUUCUGCAGGUGCACUCCUGGACCAUAAGAAAGUGUGCCUGGAGGUAAAGCAGGAGCCCCAACAGGACAUUCAGACUCCUGAAGCCACAGCCGAGGUUUCCUCACCGCUCAGCCGUCUGUCGGAGCACACAGCCAAAUGCCUCUUCAAGUGCGAUAAGUGUGGGAAAGCUUUCCAAACAGAGGAACAAUUAAGCGCCCAUAAGACCAAGGCAAAGAGCCGGCCUUAUUGUUGCGCUCUGUGCUGCCACGGCUUUUGGACCGAGAAUCAGCUGCAGCAGCACCUCGCCUGGCACGACGAAGUCCGCUGCCGUCUCCCAAAUGAGGUUCGCUAUAGGCUCAGCGCUACUAUGACCUCAAAGCCUCUAAAACCCAACAUCCCUUCUGCUGAAAACAGGGGGAAGACCUUUCCGUCUGCUACACUGAACCAACCUAUGCUUAACACAGACAGCCAGUCACAGAGUAGCCAUAAAUGCCAACAUUGCGGCAAAGCCUUUCUUUCACCAACUGCGUUACAAAAACACGAAACUCAGCACUGUAACAAAGACUCAUACCAUUGCUUCAUUUGCUCCAGGACCUUCAGUGAAAUACAGGACCUUAUCGACCAUCACCAGAAAUGUGUCUGCGAUUACAAAAGGCAGAGUGAUGCCCCCGCUGCUGUCUCAUCGGGAGAUACCAAUGGCCUUACUUGCCUUGAAUGUGGAACUACUUUUUGUCAAGAAACUGAUUUGCACCAGCACUAUGUUGAACAUGCCCGUGGAGAGCAUUAGACUGAACAAACUGAAAAGAACUGAAAUGAAGACACUGUAGAUUGUUGAGUUUUUUUUUUUUCUUUCUCUUUUAGAGAUUGCCAAAUGUGUUAAGCUUGGAAAUUGUUUGUUAGAAGUUUGUUUAGGCUAAGUAGACACAUGCUUUCCCUAUUUGUUCCUGUAUUAUUUGAGAUUCUUUAUAUUUAAAAGAAAAAGAAAAAAAGAGCAGCUUCUUAGGUUAUUUUUCCAUUCUCAGACUUUCUUUUACACUGGACUAGUAUAUGUACAAAUGUUGAAGAAUAACCCCUCUGAUGAACUUGCGUUGAGAAGUCACAAAUGUAUAGUUUUGAGCCACCAGUUGAUUUGACUGUCUUUGAAUAGACCUAUCACGAAUGUCAGUUUGACCUUGUUAAUCUCUUUGGGGAUCACUGGCCGAAGUGUUGACGUUUAUAACACGAUGUAUCAAAAAAGAAGAAAAAAAAGAAGAUGUAGAAACAUUUCUGCAUGUAUGUGUCUGUCCUCUUGCAUUUAAAAUUUCCCAGAAAAAUGAAAAGUGCUGUUGACACACUACUUACUGCAAAGUUUAUGAAAAAAAUCAAACAGUUCUGCACAAUAAAUAUUUACUGAUUUUGCUGCUGUCAUUUUAAAUGCCUGAGGUUUGGCUGAAUGAGGUACUAUUUGCAUAUUUAAGAGAAAGAUAAAGAUUAAAAAAAAUCAAUAAUGUGCAUCGUUUUAUGUGAUGUGAAUUGGUAUUAAAUGUCCCAAUGUCAAACAUCACAGACAGUUCCUACCAUAAAACAAAUUUCACAGUCAAGCAAUUGUACAUUGCGUACAUUACAGUUUGCAUUAAUUGAUUUAUAAUCUCCCAUGUUCUUUCCUUUACAGUGUUAUAUUUCUAUGUUGUGGAAAGAUUAUUCAUUACUUAAACUAAAAUAGAGUCUAUAUUCAUGUAGGAUAGUUGAUAGUUGUUUUUCCACCACUUGUGCAGUGGAAAAAUCAUUUGUAUUGUACAAGAGAUGUUACUUUGCUCUAUUAAUUUAUGAAAACCUUUCUUCCCCUAGAUGACCAAUAUACCCUUUGACUACUUGUUUAUCUUGCUGUUUCUGAAACAAAGAAGGUUCUCUUAAAAAUAAACUGAUCAAUUUUUUGGUUAAUUAUUGGAUUGUGUGGUCUUUUUUGACCCACUACACAACACACUCACACACCUUGGUCUCCAGGCUUUCCUCACUAUUUUUUUUAAUUUUAUAGAUCAAAUGU